AUAGAGGAACGGCACGGUCGCACUGCUCCCGCAAGAUCUAGCAACUGGACUCUGGGAGUUCAACAUUAGCACUGCCAAUAGGUUUGUACAUAGGAAGACCAUGAUUGUAGCGAAGUCUGCGGUCGGAUUAUGAUACAUGAAAUUUCGAUCGACGUUUUGGUUUCCCUCUUACUCUUAGAGCUAUAGUUCGUGUACUAGGUUUGUGUUACUGCAUUCUAUUACUCAACAGGCGGACUAUUAGAUGGUAACUAUAAUGAUUGAAUAGCUGGUUGUAUCGCGGAUGUGCGAACUGUUACUCUUUACCUGACAUACUACAUCACAGUAUCAAGCGACCGGCGUGGUGCACACCAAGACCUGCAGACACCACCAUGCUGUCGUCUCGCUCGCCCCCAGGCUGCUUAGCCCGUGGAUUGCUCAGUUGUGCGUUGAUCCUUGUGCUUUUCCCCCGUGGAGUCUUUGUUUAUUACAGAGGAGGGAGUUGCAUGAUGAGACUUUUCGAGCGGGCUGGUUUCUCGGCCGAUGCAGCCAGUCAGUAUGAGAGGAGAGCGCGCAAAAUGGAGUUGUGGCUGGAGACGCUGAAAGGGCUCGACACACAUCUGAUGGGGCUGUUUCUGGGGGCGCCGCCUCGUCAUGUGAAAAUGUUCCAAGAUUGCUUCGCCCGGCGAACUCUGGAUUGUCAGUACUAUUCACCGUGUAAGAACGGUGGAUUGUGCUGGCUCUCCACAAGGCCUUGGGACAACGAGCGGGUUUAUCGAUGUCACUGCCCGCCGGAAACCCUCUAUGAAGGAGAUUUCUGCGAGCGACUCGUUGGAGCAACUAUGCCACAGUAUGGAGCAUUGAAAGCUGAUUUAGAGUACUUAAAUGACACGGUGCUGGAGAAGGCGAAGUAUCAAAGUAUCGGCUGUCAACACCGGGUGCAGGGUUUCAAGUAUACCAGCCGUCACAACCGGAAUGAUGGCAGAGACACUGGUGAGAUCAUGUCCCUGAUCAUCAACAAGAAGUACCAGUCGACAAUUUUCAAGGUUGUCUUCUCAGCGAACACGCGGUCCGCAACUGCAGGUGGAUUCGUUCGAUGGUUCGUUACGAUCGAUGGCGAAGAAUGCGCGUGGCCAGCCAAGCUCGACAUGGUGCGUUACCAAAGCAAAAAGAUCAAUUUUCUUCUACCCUCGGUCCUAAUUGGAUAUUGUCAAUCCAUGACGACGUAUAGCGGCAUCAUCCUUCCUGGAAACCACACGAUAGCCGUGAACGUUGGACCAGUGCUGAAGCGCAAGCAAUCCAACGCCUACACGGGACGUCUCUCGACAACACUACUUGAGGUGUAUGAAGUAUGCGCACCUCAUCAAUACUUCUACCCAUGGAAGCAUAUCGACUACGAGGGCGAUCCUUUUCCCUAAUGCUACUAAGACGUUUCACCUCAAUUUAUCUAGUCAUCUCAUAAUAACUAUCAUCGUGCAGGGUUACCCUAUAGCGAUUAAAAUGACUUUACUUGCUUGGAAAUUCUAUUAUCUAUCUGAAAUAAGAAACACUAUGAGAAACAGCUGUCUGAAAGGUUUGACAACAUCAUCACCAACACAA